GCGUUCUUUCCUCAGAACUUCACCAAUUUCUGCUCCACUCAUCCGUUUCAAACGAAAAGGAAGGAUAUUUGACGCCAUGUUUGCCGCCUCUUCCACUUCUGCACUGUGAUGGAUGUAUGCCAUCGGAAAUUACCCAAGUACCAUGAGGCUGCUCGCGCCACCAAUGUCACCAUCACCAGGUUUGGCUUGGCGUGGGAUUCCUUCCUUCACACCGACAGCGUCCUUCAAUUUCGUCAACGACACGUUAUCGUCAAGAUGAAGCGAAAUACCACCACGUCUUUGGUAUAAACCUCCAACCAACACAACGAAGAGUGUUUGGCCACGCCGAGUUACCUCGAGGUACAAAUAGCGCUCAGCCGCAAAUGACGAAGAACGCGUUCCCGUCACAUAUUUGUCCAAGGUCCCUGUGCGAUUGACAAAGAAAGAUAUCAGGUACACUAGUCCCAAAAUCUCACAAAUAGUUCUCAUCACAUUGAGGAUUCAAUCUAUGACAUUGAAGGUCAUCACCUCCGAAACUCUCUGAUCUUGACUGCCUAGACUUUCGCUCUUUGCCUCUUUGUUCUAGACUGUUCUUCACGCAGUCUUCAGGUUCCUACCACCUGUGAGAAAUACUCUGCGGAUUCAAAUCAAACACUCCAAUUCCCUUUUCGGACUUUCAAGUGCAUUUCGGUCUCGACUUUCAAGAACAACCAAACUGGACAAGAGCGACCAUUACUCAUAUCCGCAUCAUCAACGGUGCCGUCAGCCAGGUACCUACUUUUGUUACUUAGAUUCUGAACGACAUCGAGUCCAGUACAGUACGGCACAGGUUUUACGUUUGAACCUCCCAUUAGAGCCGCGUUUAGAGAGCUGUCGAGCAUUAAAACCGCACGACUUCACUCAUCUCGUACGCACGAUUGGACCGACCAUCACCCAAGUCAACCAAACCUCACCUCUUACAACCCACAACCCACAACUCAGACAUUUCUUCUCAAAAUGCCCUCCCUACCUCUACCUCCCCUCUCAGAGGUCCUCUCUCCCCGCUCCUCACCCGCCUCCACCUCCUCCACCAACAACGACGACCCCUACUACAUCCCCGCCACCACCCUCGACGGCGUAAACCCCCUCGGCUGGAUCAUGAUCGGCCUCCUCACCUUCUGCUUCGUCAUGUCUUUUCUCCUCGGACAGUGUCUGUUGCGGGGACAACCGACGUCAAGAGAAAAAGAGCGGAUGAGACAUUUGAUGGGGGUACCAGAUGAUUUUGAGGAGGUUGGGUGGCGGAGGUAGAUGAGGUAUCUCUAGGUGGAAAGGAACAUAAGGAAGAAGGAGGAGAGGGAGAAAGGAGGAAAGGAGGAAAGGAAGGAUACCUCUAUUUUACUAAGGGGUUGAGGGAAAAGGAGUUGGGAAAGGAGCGAGAGGGGGGAAAGGAGGGAUGUUGAACGCGGUUCUGGGAAGGGGAAAGGGAAGUCAACUUGGGAGUACUUUGAAAUGAUUGCGUGAGUGGGGGGCAGUGGGAAGAGGAGGUGGGAGGGGAGUUUCCUGGACGGAGACGACGGGGAGGGAGCGGGAAGAAGUUAUUCCCUCAUGCCGUUUUUUUUUUUUUCGAUUCUCUGGUGGUGUUGUUGUGGAGGAAUGUUUUGCCGAGAGCUGGGAAGCGAUAAGAGCAAGAACGAAUGAAUGACUGGAAGAGGUAAUGCGAGAAGCGAAAAGGGGGGGUGUUAGUGAGUCAUGAUGAGUCAUAUGGAAGGAGAGAAGAGGGGAAUUUGCGGUUCUGGUUUGUCCUCGAAGGUUUUACGAAACAUGCGAGAAGAAACGAAUCGUAACAGGUAAUCAAACACCAGGAGAAACCAAGUUGUAUACACACACACAAAACCCAAGUUGUAUUAUCCGCUCCGCCAUCUUUCCGCUGCUCGCAGCUGGUUAACUAUGUAAAAGUUCUCAAGGUAUAAGGUAUCCGCCCAAUGUAUGCUAUGUACCAUGCAUUUUGAUAUAAAAAAAGGAAAAUGUUGUCAAGAGUAAGCGACAAGAGAGUUGAGUAGGUUGGUAGUCAAGCACCCCGACUGGUAUCAUCCGUCCAUCCGUCUGUCCAUCUAAAGUAUCUUCGCCGUCGCCGCAUGUGUUGUAGCUGCUGUAUAUUCGCCGUCAA